GUUUGAAGUGUAUUGUCACCAUGUCUGACACUGAAGAAGUGUAUGACGAGGAGGAAGCCCAGGAGGAGGUAGUAGAGGUAGAAGUAGCCCCUGAGGCGGAGGCCCAGGUAGAAGCAGAGCCAGAAAGAGAGCCUGAACCAGAACCAGAACCAGAACCAGAGCCAGAACCACAGGAGGAGGUUCAGGAGGAGGAAGAAGCCUAUGAAGAGGAAGGGGAGGAUGAAGAGAAGCCCAAGUUUAAACCCAGUGCUCCAAAGAUCCCUGAUGGAGAGAAAGUGGAUUUUGAUGACAUCCAGAAAAAACGUCAGAACAAGGAUCUGGUUGAGCUGCAGUCCCUGAUUGAUGCUCACUUUGAGUGCAGGAAGAAAGAAGAAGAGGAACUCAUCGCUCUGAAAGAAAGAAUUGAAAAGCGUCGUGCAGAGCGAGCUGAGCAGCAGAGAAUCCGUGCUGAGAAGGAUAAAGAGAGACAAGCCCGGCGCGAGGCUGAGCGGAUGAGAAAAGAAGAGGCAGACAUCUUGAGGAGGGCUGACGAUGAAGCCAAAAAGAAGAUAGCUCUCACCAACAUGGGUUCAGGUUUCAGCAGCCACCUGCAGAGGAUUGACCAGAAGAGAGGCAAGAAGCAGACUGAAAGAGAAAAGAAGAAGAAAGUUCUGGCCGAGAGACUCAAACCCCUGAACAUCGAUAAUCUCUCCGAUGACCAGCUGCGUAGCAAGAAGGGAGCUGCUUCACGCCGCAGGAAGUGAGCAGCGAGGAGCUGAGCCACGCCGUCGACAGCUGCUCAACUUCUGUGACGACAACUGGAUGUCUUAGCGUCUGCAUCUGUCUGAGUGCAAGGAUUUCAGGAUAAAUAGCUUCAAUAAAGAAUCUGUUCAAAAGGUU